AUGGUACUGCUCGGGAACCUCACGGCAAGUCCGGCGGCCACCGGCAUCCGGCAGAUCCGGCAGGCGCAGCGCGCCGAUGGUCCCGCGUCAGUGCUCGCCAUCGGCACGGCGAACCCGGCGAACUGCGUGCGGCAGGACGACUACGCCGACUACUACUUCGGUGUCAUCAACAGAGAGCACCUCACCAAACUCAAAUCCAAGCUCCACAGAAUCUGUAAAAGCUCGGCCAUCAACAAGCGUUACUUUCACCACACCGAGGAAAUGUUGCGAGACCACCCUGAGCUUAUAGACCGGACAUUGCCGUCCCUGGACACCCGGAUGGCCAUUGCCGCCACCGCCGUUCCGGAGCUGGCGGUAGCGGCCGCGACCAAGGCCAUCGCGGAGUGGGGGCGCCCGGCCACCGACGUCACCCACCUCGUCGUCAGCACCUACUGCGGCGCGCACAUGCCGGGCGCCGACCUCCGGCUGGCCUCCCUCCUCGGCCUCGCUCCCUCCGUCCCCCGCACCAUGCUCUACCUCAACGGCUGCAACAGCGGCUCCACCGCGCUCCGUGUCGCCAAGGACAUCGCCGAGAACAACCGCGGCGCACGUGUCCUCGUGGUCUGCGCCGAGCUCACUCUCAUCCUGCUCCGCGCCCCCGAGGACGAGGCCGACAAGGCCACGCUCAUCAUGCAGGCCCUGUUCGGCGACGGCGCGGGCGCCGUGAUCGUCGGUGCCGAUGCGAACCGCGGCUCCGUCGAGCGCCCGAUCUUCGAGAUGGUGGCCACGUCACAGACCGUGAUACCGGAGUCUGAGCACGCCGCGGCUGGACGGCUCAGCGAAAACGGGCUCCUCUUCCGCCCCGCCGUCGAGAUGACAACGCUGAUUCGCGAGAACGUCGAGCAGUGCCUGGUAGACGCGUUGGGGCCGCUCGGCCUGAGCGGUGGCUGGAACCGUCUCUUCUGGGCGGUGCAUCCAGGGGGGCGAGCAAUCUUGGACGGUGUGGAGGCAGUGCUCCGGCUGGACCCCGAGAAGCUGGCGGCGAGCCGCCAUGUGCUGAGCGAGUUCGGGAACAUGUCCGGGCCGACGGUGAUCUUUGUGCUCGACGAGAUACGCCGGCGACAGGGAGAACAUGGGGUUGGACGUGACGGCCUGGGUGUGCUACUGGGGCUUGGACCGGGAAUUUCCAUUGAGACGAUAGUGUUGCACGCCACUGGUAACUAUUAG